CACUAAAAAACACACACAAACAGAGACACCUGUACACACACACACAGACAUGUACAUACACAUACACACACAGAAACAUGUACACACAUGCACAGAUGCACAGAGACAUGUACACACACACACGCACAUACAGACACAUGUAUACACACACAGGCACGUACAGACAUGCAUACACACAGGUACAUACACACAGACACAUGUACAAACAUACAACAUACACAGAAACAUGUACACACAGACACAUGUACGUACAUACACACAAACACACACACACACGUACAUGCACACAUACACAGACACAUGUACACAUACACACAUGUACAUACACACAGACACAUGUACAUGCAUACACAGACACACACACAUGUACACACACACCCCUAUAAAAAGUUGCAGUACUUCGUUGUUCACUCACAGAGCCAGGUACUGCACUCUAGGGGGAGGCAGAGAGCACAGCACACACUCCUUCCUUUGCUUUCACUGCGCUCAGCUAUUGAGCAGUCUGACGGCUCCCAGUGCCAAUGACAGAUCCGGCCUGAGCUCCGGGCCUGCUCAGCAAGACAGCCCUGGGGGACACACUUGCCCCCACCAUAAUUUCCACUGGCCAUUGGUGAGCAGGCGAGUGGAAAUUUUCAAAGCCUGCAUU